AUGGCUCAGGUUUUCAAUAAUUCUCGCUCAGAUACACUUUUCCUCGGUGGUGAGAAGAUUAGUGGUGAUGACAUUAGGAAUCAAAAUGUGUUAGCUGCGAUGGCCGUUGCCAAUGUGGUUAAAUCUUCUUUGGGACCUGUUGGGUUGGAUAAGAUGUUGGUUGACGAUAUUGGUGAUUUCACUGUGACUAACGAUGGAGCUACUAUAUUGUCGUUGUUAGAUGUGCAACAUCCUGCAGGAAAGAUUUUAGUCGAAUUGGCCCAGCAGCAGGAUCGUGAAAUUGGUGAUGGUACCACUAGUGUGGUUAUUAUUGCAUCAGAACUGUUGAAAAGAGCUAAUGAAUUGGUCAAGAACAAGAUUCAUCCAACGACUAUAAUUACUGGUUUCAGGUUGGCUUUGAGAGAGGCUAUCAGGUUCAUUAACGAAGUUCUGUCUCUGGAUGUCGAUGCUUUGGGUAAGGAAACAUUGGUUAAUAUUGCCAAGACCAGUAUGUCGUCAAAGAUCAUCGGUGCAGAUUCUGAGUUCUUCAGCAACAUGGUGGUUGAUGCGCUAUUAGCGGUCAAAACUCAAAACACCAAAGGUGAGAUCAAAUACCCUGUCAAGGCGGUGAACAUCUUGAAAGCACAUGGUAAGUCUGCUAGAGAAUCCGUCCUGGUACAGGGGUAUGCUUUGAACUGUACAGUGGCCUCUCAGGCCAUGCCUAAGAGAGUAACUGGAGGUAACGUCAAGAUCGCCUGUUUGGACAUGAAUUUACAAAAGGCCAGAAUGGCUAUGGGUGUCCAGAUCAAUAUUGAGGAUCCUGACCAGCUAGAAGAGAUCCGUAAACGUGAGGCAGGCAUGGUGCUGGAAAGAGUCAGAAAAAUUAUCGACUCAGGUGCUCAGGUCGUCUUGACCACUAAAGGUAUUGACGACCUUUGUUUGAAGGAGUUCGUCGAAGCCAAGAUCAUGGCCGUAAGACGUUGUAAGAAAGAGGACCUAAGGAGAAUAGCCCGUGCAACUGGUGCUACUUUGAUCGGUUCGAUGUCCAAUUUGGAAGGUGACGAAACUUUUGAAGCCAGCUACUUGGGUACUUGCCAAGAAGUUAUUCAGGAAAAAUAUUCAGACGACGAAUGUAUUUUGAUUAAAGGUACAUCGAGGCACUCUUCUUCCUCGAUGGUGCUCCGUGGUGCAAAUGACUACUCGCUUGAUGAAAUGGAACGUUCCAUACACGACUCCCUAUCUGUGGUUAAGAGGACCUUGGAAAGCGGGAAUGUUGUACCAGGUGGUGGUUGUGUUGAGACCGCUCUGAAUAUAUACUUGGACAAUUUUGCUACCACAGUAGGUUCUCGUGAGCAACUGGCAAUCGCUGAGUUCGCAGGCGCACUAUUGAUAAUCCCAAAGACUCUAGCGGUGAAUGCAGCCAAGGAUUCCAGUGAACUUGUCGCAAAGCUAAGAUCUUACCAUGCUGCUAGUCAACAGGCCAAAUUGGAAGACUCCAAGAGAAGAAACUACAGAAAUUACGGCCUGGAUCUGAUCAGAGGUAAGAUCGUCGAUGAAGUACAAUGCGGAGUUCUCGAACCAACCAUCAGUAAAGUGAAGUCCCUUAAGUCCGCCCUGGAAGCAUGUGUGGCCAUCCUAAGAAUCGAUACCAUGAUUAAUGUCGACCCAGAACCACCAAAGGAGGACCCCCACGAUCAUAUGUAA